AUGCAGGCUCCACUGCCAUCAGACCGCUCACGAAGCUUGCAUGAAUUGGAGAUGAGUAGACCGCCGUCUCCAACUAUGGAGGAUACGUUCAGUCAGAUGCAGACUUGGAAUGAUCCACCGGUGAACAAAUGGAGGAUCUUGAGCUGUUGUCUGAUAUAUUUCGGAAAUGGGCUGAAUGAUAGCGCGACUGGCGCACUAAUCCCGUAUAUGGAGAUUCAUUAUCAUAUCGGCUUCGCCAUCAUGUCACUUAUCUUCGUUGGUCAGGCUGCGGGGUUUAUCCUAGCAGCUUUCUUUAACAACACCAUCCUAAGCAAGCUUGGGAGAGCGAAGAUGCUCAUGGUUGCUGAGGUGGUCAUGAUAGUGGCAUACAUCAUUCUGGUGUGCACUCCUCCCUAUCCUGCAGUGAUCCUCGCGUUCUUCCUCCUUGGAUACGGCAUGGCUAUGACUCUGGCAUUGAACAACGUCUUCUGUGCACACAUACAUCCGGCGUCAGUCGUCCUUGGAGCAGCCCAUGGCAGCUACGGCAUCGGAGGAGUCGUUGCACCAAUUGCAGCUACAGCACUGGCUUCACAAGGGACAUUAUGGUCGCGAUUUUACUUUUUCCCUCUCGGACUUGCCACGGCCGCCAUGGCCUUCGCCGGUUGGGCUUUCUGGGGAUACCAAGAAGAUACACACCAGACUCUUCUGAGCUCCGCCGAGCUAGAUGCAAGUCGGGAGGGUGUUGAAGAGGCACCAGUGUCGAAGUUCAAAGACCUAAAACUGGCGUUGAAGAAUCGGUCUACUAUCUUCGGAGCCCUCUUCAUCUUUGCCUACCAAGGAGCCGAAGUCUCUAUUUCCGGAUGGGUCAUUUCCUUUCUGAUCAACUACAGGGGCGGUGAUCCCGGAAGUGUAGGAUACGUGACAGCAGGCUUCUGGGGAGGCAUCACCCUCGGUCGCUUCGUCCUCACCUUCCUGACGCCCUACAUCGGUGAACGCCUCUACGUCCUCAUUCUCGUCCUCGGUACCAUGGCCUUCCAACUCCUCGCCUGGCUCGUUCCUAACAUCAUCACCAAUGCCGUCGCCGUCGCCGUCCUAGGUCUCCUUCUUGGCCCCGUGUACCCCUGCGCCAACGCACUCUUCAUGAAACUCAUGCCGAGACAGGUGCAGACGACUGCUAUGGGGUUCAUUGCUGGCGCGGGAAGUUCGGGAGGGGCAGUGGCGCCGUUUACUACUGGUAUUCUGGCCCAGGCGGUCGGGACGUAUGUAUUGCAUCCCGUUUGUUUGGGACUUUAUGUUGUUAUGCUGAGUUGUUGGGUUGCGUUGCCGAGGGUUGGAAAGAGGAGUGAGUGA